AUGAAUUUGUAUAAACUAAAUGGGCAGAUCUAUGGUUUAUCUAAAGCUGAUUUAAAUGAUUCCAAUUUAACAAAGGAAACGUAUACAAUAAAUGAAAAUAUUAAGGAAAUAUAGGUUCUCCAUUAUAAAGGAGCAUGUAAAAUUAUGAAAAUUUUUACUUGUAAUCAUGAAUCCUUUAAUUUUGGUGAGUGUUAAGAGGGGAAUAAUAUAUUAUAAGAAAAAUCCUUUUCAUUCCAAGAGAACAAAAUAUUUAAAUCAAUUUAUUUCGAUCAAGGUGAAUCAAAUCAAUUAACAGGUUUUUUAGAAUUAAACAAAAUGUUUACUUUGGAUAGUAUUUAACAGUAAGGUAGGAUUACAGAUGAAUUUAAUUAAGAUCAUGAACUUCAUGAUAUAAAUAUUUUAACAAAUUAAGGUAGUAUUGUUGGAGGUUAGGGAAUCUAUAGAAAAACAAUUAAUUCUGAAAUAGAAUUAGUAGAAGGAAAACCUUUUAUCAACACUGCGAACUUAAAUUCAGAAUUAAAUGAUUGCGCUUAUGAAGAAUUUAGAGUAUUAUAUGAGUUCGAAGUUUAUUAAAAUAAGGAAUGUCUAACAAUUGAUAAAAUUACUUUAAAGUAUUAAAUAAUAAAUAAAAUAAAUUAAAGUAAAUCUAAACUUCAAAUUGAAAUUGGGAAGUUAAAAGAAAAGAAUUAUUCAAUUUUGAAGCAUCAGGUGCAAAAAGGAAAACUUUUGUCCUUUACAUAUUCUCAUAUAAAUGAACAAAAUUAUUUGACUAAUAUUGAAUUGGUAUGA